UCGAGAGCUUGAGUGCCCCAGAUGAAUGGCCCUUCCAUCUCUGCUGGAAAGCCUCCAGGGAAGAAGAGUCCAGCAUUACCCACAGAGGACGACAGACCCACAGGUUACCUGACAGUCAGCAUCGAGCCGCUCCCACCUGUGGUGGUUGGGGAUGCCGUGACCUUGAAAUGUAACUUCAAGACAGAUGGCAGAAUGCGGGAAAUAGUCUGGUACCGGGUGACGGAUGGAGGAACCAUCAAGCAGAAGAUCUUCACCUUUGAUGCCAUGUUCUCCACCAACCAGUCACACAUGGAGAAUUAUCGCAAGAGGGAAGACCUCGUGUACCAGUCCACAGUGCGGCUUCCCGAAGUCCGGAUUUCAGACAACGGCCCCUACGAGUGUCACGUGGGAAUUUAUGACAGAGCAACCCGGGAGAAAGUGGUGCUAGCUUCCGGCAACAUCUUCCUCAAUGUGAUGUCGCCUCCCAUGUCCAUCUCGGUCAUCGCGGCCGACACGCCAGCGCCCUUCAGCCGCUACCAGGCCCAGAACUUCACCUUGGUCUGCAUCGUCUCUGGUGGGAAGCCUGCCCCCAUGGUGUACUUUAAGAGAGACGGGGAGCUGAUCGAGGUGGUGCCCCUGAUGGACCCUCCGGUCAACGUGGCCGGGCUGCACGACGGCCGGGCCUCCCGCAACCUCUUCCACCGCGACAUGGACGACACCAAAAUGCAGCGGUCGCUCUCCCUCCUGGACGUGGAGGACCGGGGCGGCAGGCCGUCGACUGAGGACCCCCCGAGAGGCCUCACCCUGGACCAGGGACUUCUGUUCGGCCCGGCCACGGAGGCCGUCCCAGAGACUGUGGUGAGCCGAGAGUUCCCGCGGUGGAUCCAGAACGUGGAUCCCAUCUACUACUUCCACCACACCCACAUCCCCAUCAGCGACGGCACGGUGGAGGUGCGGGCCAUGCUCAUGUGGACGCUUAACCCUCAGAUAGACAAUGACGCCCUGUUCAGUUGCGAAGUCAAGCACCCCGCCCUCUCCAUGUCCAUGCAGUCUGAAGUCACGCUGGUGGCUCCCAAGGGACCCAAAAUUAUGAUGACCCCAACCAGAGCGCGAGUCGGAGACACGGUCCGGAUCCUGGUCCAGGGAUUUCAGAAUGAAGUCUUCCCCGAACCCAUGUUCACGUGGACCCGCGUUGGGAGCAGGCUCCUGGACGGAAGUGCCGAACACGACGGGAAGGAGCUGGUCUUGGAGCGUGUGCCAGCGGAGCUGAAUGGCUCCAUGUACCGCUGCACGGCGCAGAACCCGCUGGGCUCCACGGACACCCACACCAGGCUGAUUGUGUUCGAAAACCCAAAUAUCCCGAGAGGACCGGAAGACUCAAAUGGUUCACCCCCCACCAGCCGCAGCACCUUUGGUUUCCUUCUGACCCUAAUCUUAACAGUGACCUUGGAGCUGACGUGAAGGGCCUCGACACGGAGCGCUUCCUGGUUGCCCCCUUGAACUGCUACGUCCGGCCUUCCAAAUCUCCGUCAAUUGGUUUUCUACUCUCAAUUUUUCUUUCCUCUCUCUCUCUCUCUCUCUCUCUGUCUCUGUCUCUCUCUCUCUCUUUCUUUUCUUGGGAAAAAAAAACUCUUGGCGGUCUUGUUAUCAGUCUCUUUCUGUCUGUGUCUUGGCUUUAUCAUCCCGUUUAAUUAAAAAACAAAACAACAACGACAAAACCCACAAGA